UUGACUAGUUGUGUCUCGGAAGUGACGCCAGUCGCUUCGUUACGUUUACAUUCUGUUCUCAACGUCGCGUUCAUUGUGGGGAGCCAUUACCCUCGUCCGCGCAAAGCAUCGUGCCAUAUUCCCACACGCGGCCCAAAACUAACGGCAUUCUCGUAGUUUUAAGUGAAAUAUUAUGAGAGUGAAGACCGAAAUGGACGACGACGAAAAGGGAAAAUUAUUCGUUGGUGGUUUGUCUUGGGAGACGACGCAGGAGAACCUUCAACGUUACUUCAGCCGCUAUGGCGAAGUGAUCGAUUGCGUGGUGAUGAAGAAUAGCGAAUCAGGCCGCAGUCGCGGUUUUGGAUUCGUCACUUUCAGCGACCCCGCAAAUGUCGCCCUGGUUCUUCAGAAUGGGCCACAUCAGCUCGAUGGACGCACGAUCGAUCCGAAACCGUGCAAUCCACGCACGCUGCAGAAGCCGAAGCGCAGCGGCGGCUUCCCGAAGGUCUUUCUGGGUGGUUUGCCGAGUAACGUCACGGAGACUGAUUUGAGAUCAUUCUUCACCCGAUUCGGCAAAGUCAUGGAAGUCGUCAUUAUGUACGAUCAGGAGAAGAAGAAGUCCAGAGGGUUUGGCUUUCUCAGCUUUGAGGACGAAGACGCGGUGGACCGAUGUGUCGCGGAGCAUUUCGUCAACUUGAAUGGAAAACAGGUAGAGAUAAAACGUGCCGAGCCGCGGGACUCCUCGAGCAAGAUGAGCGAGAGUCAUCAGGGUCAGUGGGGCCCUCCGCAGCAGGGUGGUCCGCCAAUGGGCAUGGCUGGUAACAUGGGUCCUAUGGGUGGACCGAACGGUCAGAUGGGAGGACCGAUGAUGGGGGGACCCAUGGGACCACCUGGGAAUAUGAUGCAGCAGUACCAGGGCUGGGGCACCAGUCCUCAGACUGGCGGAUACGCGGGAUACAGUACCCAGUACAAUGCCCAGGGCUGGGGAGCACCUCCUGGUCCACCUCAGCAACAGCAGAUUCCACCGCCGCCCCCUCAUCAGUGGGGUAGCAGCUACAACGUGCAGCCAGCGGCUGCCACUCAGGGCUACGGGAGCUAUGGUGGGCCGGCGGCGGCCGCUUCAGGGGGCUACGGGCCCACGGCGGGUACUGGCGGGGCUGCGGGUGGUGGUCCCGGGGGUUCCUGGAACUCCUGGAACAUGCCACAGAACGGGCCACCCCCCGGGACCCAGCCUCCACCUCAGCCCCCUCAGCCCAACUCCUCGCAGCCCAACUCCAACUCGAACCCCUCUGGCCCGCAGGGUGACAUGUAUUCGAGGCAGACCACAGGCUCCGGAGCACCAGGCUCCAGCAGCAGCUCAGCAAAGACGCCGGACUACAGCGGGUACUCGGGAUACGGAAGCUACGCGGACACGAGUUAUCCUCCUCAGCGCUCGUACCAAGGCGGCGAGAGCAACCAAGGCACCGGAUACGGAUCGUCGUCUUCGUCCACCCUCGCGAGCGUUCCCGCUGCCCCAGGAACCAACGACAACUACACCGGGGGUGGGCCCCAAAGGGGUUACUCGGGCUCCUCGUCAAGCUCCAACAAUUACCAUCCGUACCGUCGCUAAGGGAUCGUGCUUUCCACACCCCCAGCCCCCCUCACCUCCCUCCUCCCCCCUCCUGUUUCCCUGCAGGGAUCUGUGUCCGUUACGUCCCGCUCUCCGCUAAUCACGAAUAGAGACGCAAGUGGUAUAUCGCCAGAGCACAUACGUGACGCAUUUGUCCACGUACGCGAUUCUACGUAUCUCGACCAACUGCUGCACGUCAUCGGAUCCCGGAGGAAGAGAAUUCUCCGAUAGAAAAGAAACCUCCCUGCGAAGGAGUCUUUUCUUCCACGUCCACGUCCCGACCGUCGGGACGCCGCCGAGAAUUAUUCCAGCAAACAACUUGCGCACCUGCUGUUUCUUUCAUAUCCACGUGGCCCUAUUUUGUAUCCCUUCACCCCUUUCGUUCCCCUCCCCUCUCUUGCCCCCCUUGUCCCCCUUGUCCCCUCCCGCCCACCGAUCUUUCCGGCGAAACAGGACCAAUUUUCAUGUAGCCUCCGGAAGCGAGGGGCUACGAGAUAAGACAAGAGACCCCCUUCAAUAAGUGUACAAAGAAUUCGGCCGCGCCCGUGGCACGUCCCAAACGGGACAUGUCCGGGACGUGGGAAACCACCGUGCUUUUCCACUAGAAAUAUGCGUUCCCGGUUGCAGGCGAUACCUACGCAAUCUCUUCCUCCGUUUCGUCCAUCACUUCCCUUUAUCUAUUUCUUCUCUUUUCUCUUCCCCCUUCCUCACUCUUCUUGGAGCAUGCGAAAGCGGAACAUUCGUGCGAUUAAUUUUACUGUACAUACGAAUUAUCUCCGAGUAACUGAUCAGCUGAUGGGAACGUUCCAGGCUGACCGUCCCGACGCCCCUGGCGUCCUGACACGUCCUGACGUCCAUUUCCAUACUUCCUCCGUGUUGUCUCACGCGAGUACCUACACACGAGCCUAAUGGGCCAAACCGGCCUCAGGCGUGAUUCUUUCUUAAUUCGAUAAGACGAUAAGAGUACUAUUAUUAUGAUACGAUUAAAAUAAUUAAAAUAAGUUAUCCGGUAUGUCCUUUAAGCGCCGGCAAUUAACGAAACGGACCUUGUUAAUGAUUAUUUUAUUAACAAGUGGCGCAUUAAGGUUUAAGUGUAUUUUUCGGCUCUCACGAUAAAAAACCUGGUAAGCUUAACGUGUGCCGUCACGACGAGGUAAGGUAUACAUUAAUAUACAUACGUAGCAACGUUAAGAGUCGACUCUAACAAUAAGUAAGAUUAACCUCAUUUCAGAGAAAUAUUUUUUCCCGGCCACUUUGGACACUCUUACUUUUUUUUUUUUUUCCCCCUAUCAACUUUGCCUUACGUCUCUUUGACUCGUAAGAGACUUUCGUUUUUUUUUUACGUUUCCUUCUCUUUGUCCUUCCCCUUUAACCGUUUCCCAUAUCAAGACGACUCACUGAGAGCCUGAAUACAAUGAAUAUCGAAAUUCGAGAGAAAGAAGCUAAGAAUGACUGCGCGCGCCCAACAAAUAGAGAAUAUACGAUUGCAUGACUUCUUAACUAAUACCAUUGGUAUCGUCGGCAUCGUCAUUACUACUGCGAAUCCUACUAUUACUACUGCUAUCUCUAUUACUACUAUUCUACUACUACCACUAUUAUCCUACAGCUAUAUUAUUAUUAUUAGUCAUAAUAUUUUGUUAUAUAAUCCGACGAGGAAGCAGCGAGAGGAGUGCAUUAUUUUAUAGCUUAAAGAACCAUGGAGAUGAAUAAAUAUUCACAUUUUAAUAGAAA